UACAACUGACGUCUCGCGAGACUCGGCGCAGUUUUCCCAACCAGCAAGUGGUGUUUGCGCGAUAGAGACGAGGAAAGAUGGCGACGCAGGGGAGCGAUUCAUCUAAACCUUCCGCAAGCAACGGAGAGGUGAGCAGCAAUGGAAGCGCUGCAACGGCAGAAGGUCAAACUGUGCAGACGGCUGAAAAUGCUCAGGACCCUCAGCAGCAGCAGCAAGCACCUAAUGCCUGGCAGGUCAUCAAAGGUGUCCUCUUUAGAAUCUUCAUAAUUUGGGCAAUCAGUAGUUGGUUCCGCAGAGGGCCAUCCACUCCUGAUCCGAACACACCAGCAGGGGCCCCCAGAGUACCCAGCAGGAACCUGUUUCCUAAAGACACCCUCAUGGACCUGUACGUGUAUGUGUCCCAGGAGGAGGUGUUCACUGACUUCAACAAUACAGAUGCCCUGUUUUGGUUCAACAGAGACCUGGUCUAUGGAGACUGGACCACAGGGGAGAGUGGAGAUGGCUGCUACCACCACAAUAAAGAGUUAGAAAUCUCAGAGAAAGUACAACAGAACGGCUCCCUUUACAUCCAUGUCUUCUUCACUAAAAGUGGAUUCCACCCUGACCCGAAACGCAAGGGGCAGUACCGCAGACUGGCAACAGUGCAUUCAUCAAGAAUGCUCAAUAAAUUCAAGAGGAGGAAGUUUCUGAAAACCAAGAAUCUGCUCACAGGAGAAACUGAAGCAGAUCCUGAAAUGAUCAAGCGGGCAGAAAGCCACGGCCCAGUGGAGAUUAUCUCACACUGGCACCCUAACCUCACCAUCAACAUGGUAGAUGAUCACACAGCCUGGGUAAAGGGUUCUGUUCCACCCCCUCUAGACCAAUAUGUUAAGUUUGAUGCAGUCAGUGGAGACUACUACCCCAUUGUAUACUUCAAUGAUUACUGGAACCUUCAGAAGGACUACUAUCCUAUCAACGAGAGCCUUACCAAACUCCCUCUGAGGCUCACCUACUGCCCGCUGUCCCUCUGGCGCUGGCAGCUAUAUGCGGCCCAGAAUGCUCGCUCACCGUGGAACUUCCUACCCGAGGACACCUACGAGCAGUCUGAUGAAGACCAAGACUCUGUCAAGUUGGACCGGGAGAACAAAAUCGCAGGGAUCCUUCCAAGAUUGAUAUUCAAAGAUAAGUCAACAUAUGUGGAGUCUUCAACCAAAAUCUAUGAUGACAUGGCCUUCAGGUACCUGUCAUGGCUACUCUAUCCUCUGUUCGGCUGCUAUGCAGUCUACAGUUUAUUGUACGUAGAGCACAAAGGCUGGUACUCCUGGGUCCUCAGCAUGCUUUAUGGCUUCUUGUUGACCUUUGGUUUUAUCACAAUGACACCACAGCUAUUUAUCAACUACAAAAUGAAAUCUGUAGCUCACCUCCCAUGGAGGAUGCUAACCUACAAGGCUCUCAAUACCUUUAUCGAUGAUCUCUUUGCCUUUGUGAUCAAGAUGCCCAUGAUGUACAGGAUAGGAUGCCUAAGAGAUGAUGUGGUGUUCUUCAUCUACCUUUACCAGCGUUGGAUCUAUCGCGUCGAUCCCAACAGAGUCAAUGAAUUUGGCACCAGCGGAUUGGACCACACCCAGAACAACACAGCAGAGACUCCAGCUGUCACAGACAAACCAGAGGGAGAGAAAAAGAACGAUUAAACAUGAUCCCGCUCUUAUCUUUGCCCGUGGCUCUGACUGCUGGGUUUGAAGAGGACUUGUGGAAGUUAGUGCAGGGAGGGGAGUGGCCUUUAUGGAAGCCACUAUAACAAGAAAAAACAUACAAACAAAGUUGCAGAUUAACCCUUCCUUCUGAUCUCUUUGUGGAUCCAGAGCCCUAUUCAGUGUAGACUUGGUAAAUUCUUAUUUCUGUUCCACCACCCUCCCCUGCCCUCUCGUUUUGCAGUUCAAGUGAAGUAAAACAAAAAGUGACGUUCUGUAUUCUGUAAGAUUUCUUUUCAGAGGGUAACAAUGUGUUCGACUAGAUAUUUGAAGGGGAACAGUUGGCAGUUAUUCUCCAUUUGACUUCUAAAACUGAAGAAAAAAGCCAAGUGCAACUUUUGUUCUUUGUGUCGAUUCCUCGUGAAUUUUCUUUUCAUUCCAUGUGAGCGCUGCGUUUCAGGUCGCCUAGAAAUUAAUGUGUAGUGUUGGAGGAAACUGGAAAGGUUCUGAGCCACACUGGAGGAAGAGACGUGGUGACAAAACGGACGACCCUGCAGGGCGCGCUACGCACGAAACAAUGACUACUACGCUAGAUUUUUAACAACGGUUAAUGGUCUAGACUUGAACAGAUAGGAA